AUGUCUGCUCGCCCUCUUUCUCGCGGUCUGCUCUCCGCUGCUCCCAGCAAACAUCUUCGUUCCGUGGUCCCUCGUGUUGCGGCUUCCCAUUCGACUCUGGUUGGUCCUAAUUCGUCUCCGUCAAAAGAUGACCGGUCGAGCUCGGAGCCGGUAACCCAUUUUGGUUUUCAGACUGUGAAAGAGUCGCUCAAGUCCACGAGAGUGGCUGGGGUUUUUUCUUCCGUUGCUUCCUCAUACGACACAAUGAACGAUGUCAUGUCCUUCGGAAUCCAUCGCCUUUGGAAGGACCAUUUUGUUCGGUCUCUCAAUCCUGGCCGUAGACCAGGCGGCCAGCCUAUGAGUAUUCUUGACGUGGCCGGUGGGACAGGAGAUAUCGCUUUCAGAAUGCUCGACCACUCCGAGAAGGUUAACGGUGACCGGGAAACCACAGUUCUGUGCACAGAUAUCAAUGCAGACAUGUUAAGAGAGGGGGAGAAGCGCGCAAUUCAGAAUGGAUAUGAUUCCAACCGGAUAUCCUUUCGUGUUGAAAAUGCCGAGACUCUUGAGAGCAUCCCCGACAAUUCGGUGGAUCUUUACACCAUCUCAUUCGGCAUCCGCAACGUUACCCGCAUUCCCAUGGCUUUAAGAGCUGCUCGCCGUGUUCUCAAGCCUGGCGGUGUCUUUGCUUGCCUUGAAUUCUCCAAGGUUUCGCCCGCGCCUCUUGAUGCGAUUUACCAGCAAUACUCAUUUUCCAUUAUUCCGCUCAUGGGGCAGUUGGUAGCGGGAGAUAGAGAUAGUUAUCAAUACCUUGUUGAGUCUAUCAAGCGUUUCCCCCCCCAAUCGGAGUUCGCGAGAAUGAUCAAGGAUGCUGGAUUAGUGAAUGUUGGUAAAGGAUACAAAGAGUUGACGUUUGGGAUUGCGAGUAUCUGGAAAGGCGUAAAACCACUGGAAUAGAUGAAUUAUGCCUAUAACUUUGUUCUCUCCUCUUUGCACCAUACCGUCAGGCAUGCAGACCUAAACUUCUUGUAGGUAUUUUGACUUCGAUAUCAGCCUUCCAACACGAAUGAUUUAAAGUGGCCACCACAAUCUUGUAGAAAGUGCUGUAGUCUAUCAUACGUGUAUGCAAGAACGGUUUUAAGGGAAUUCAGCUCCACUAGAUUUAACCUAUUUCAGAUGUAAUGCUGAUACGUGCUACACUGAUCUGGAUCUAUGGUAGAGAAAACGUAAUAAUUGACGGUGGCUCAGAAGUUUCGCGUACUCAAGUAUCGGUACAGCACGAUACAGCACGGCGCAAAGGCGGCGGUUCUGGAGAUCAAUUACUGUCUCAUAUUGUGCUCCAUAUCGACCCCCA